GCAGUAUGCAAAAAUGUGGUCUUUCAUCGUCACGUGCGUAUUGUAUUUUUCUCAAGUCAACCAAUAGGAUUGUUCAAAAUGUCCUAUUGUUAAAGUCAUGGAUGGGCAAUUGGACAAAACCGUUGCUAUUGGUUGGUUGAGCAAAAAUACAAUACGCACGUGACGAUGAAAGACCACAUUUUUGCAUAAACCUGGACAAAAACAUAGAUAGUGAGGUUUAUUGUAAUGCUAAUGAGUUUCCAAACCAUCUCCUCCAUUAACUAUGACCUGAAGAAGUGAGAAGUGACAACGGACCCCAGUUUGCCUCGACAAGUUUUGAGAACUUUGCUAGAGAAUGGGAGUUCAAGCAUAUUACCUCAUCCCGUAUUAUGCACAAUCCAAUGGAAAGGGUGAGAACUCAGUAAAAACGGCAAAAAAGAUCUGAUAAACGAGAUCCCUACCUAGCGUUACUAGCGUGGCGAAACACGCCGAUCGAAGGCCUUAAUUCAUCCCGUGUGCAAAGGUUAAUGGGAAGAAGGACAAGAACCCCUCUCCCAACCUCAGCAAAUUUGUUGAAACCGAAACUUCCCGGCAUGGUGAAGGAACAGGUAACGAACAAGCGAAGAAAGCAAGCACGAUACUAUAAUCGGGGGAGUAAACCGCUCCCGGAACUUAAACCAGGAGAUGUUGUUCGAAUACGACCAGAUCCAAAUAGUUCCUACAAAACGUGGAGAAGUGGAGUUUGCAAUUAACGAGAAAGCCGCUCCUCGAUCACAUGAAGUUAUGUCUGACGGUAAAUUGUAUAGACGAAACAGAAGGCACUUAGCAAUAACAACAGAAAGAGUCGAAGGGAAAGCAACGCUGCCAGAUGAAAAAAGUGAACUUUAUGGUUCUACAUUUCAAAAUGACCUACCAACAGCACAAGAUAACCCACUACAAGCGGUAUCCCCAGAUUCGGGUAUGCAAACAAAUCAGCCGUUGUCCAACGAAGGUAAACCCAGUGGAAAGAAGAUCAUCGAGAGGGCGGUUGCUAAAAGCUCCAGACUAUUAUUGCUCAUGACAAUAUUCUGUACUGUGUUGGUCAUAGAUUUCCGAUUCUUUUCGUUGACUAUUUAAGACAUUUGUUAUAAUUAGAUAUUCAUAUUUUUAUGAAGGAAAGGAUGUAACGAUAUCUACCGGACUUUAUACUCGGGGCUUUGUCCACCGGAUAACAGUACCUAUAGUCAUGUGACUUGAGACUGGUUGUAUAAAAAGCAUGGUUUAAAAACAAUUGAAUAUAGACUAUAUAAAAGCUAUGAAGAGCAAUAAUAAAGUUCCUAUUUACUAUAAAGAAUAUCUUUACCAGUGGCGGAAACGAGGGGGGGGGGGAGGGGGCGAUCGCCCCCCCCCCAAAAAAAAAAAAAUUACUAAAAUUAUAUUCUAGCUAGAUUUCAUAAUUCAUUUUGAAAAAUGAAAGCACAAUACAAGGAAGCACUAUUUGUUACAAUAAAAACAGCAACGAAAUGGCAAGGGUUUAAUAGAAACAAGCUAAAAACAAGCUAAAGUAUUCUAAAUUUAUGAUCUCACAAGUCACACAAUGAGUGUUAUGAAUUCUGAAAAAAGUCAGAUUAAAUUAGUUUUAAGCGCUAGCUGCGCUACAAAUCUUUACUUAAACUGUACUAUUCGAGAUUUUUGAUUUACCAAUCGAUCAAGCACUUUGUCCAAGUUUAUCCUUGUUAACAGGUCUUUAUUCAUGGAUAGCAACAUAAAGUCAUUGGCCAACGCUAAUGCAUGCACGCUUCAAACUUGUCAAAGCCAAAGCUGACAUUUCAAACGAAAACAAAAGCGUGAAAAGGUUUGACAAAGUCGGCGACGACUUGGGGCAAAUCAACUUGGGGGCGAAACGAUUUGUAUUCAUUACGAGCCCAGCUCAAUAUCCAAUUCAUAACACUGAAGCUUCUUUCCACGGUUGCAGUACCAACUGGCAAGGUCUUUGAUAUGGCGAUCACCUUGAUUCUUGAAUAAGUUUGGGUACAGCUCAGGGUCGAUGUUCUUUCCGGCAGCAAUUAGAAUCUUCGCCCGUUCGCACUUGGUUUUAAGCAAGGCAGAGUCAAUAUGGAGACAAUUGACAAAUGACAAUACCAAUGAAUGUACCCUUAAUCGUGUCCAGUUACGUCAGUAUAUACCGGGUGUCCCAAAAAAAAGUACUCCGGUUUGAUUUAUAAUAACUUCUAAACAAGUAAAGCUAUCAAACAGAAAUAACUUGCAUUAAAUAGAGGAAGGACUAACUUAGAUUUUGAUAUAUUACAGUUGCAUUUUACUUAAAAAUUCACGUAGAUAUUAAUGUUCAAAAUCGGGAGCAUAUUUUGGGAUGUGUCUAGAAUUAGCGAAAAUCGGCGUAUCAAAUUUUAACUCCAGCGUUUGUUUGCUUAAUGACUAUCAGGGUAACUUGUAUUUCAGCGAAUUGUCGUUAGGGUUUGUAAGGGAUAUGGCGUAGAUUUAGACAUCUUACAUGUAAGUCUUAACUCAUUGUUUCCUGAAAUAUGAACGUUCGAAAUUAUGUAAGUAUUUAAUAGGUCUUUGCAAACUUAAGGUGCAUGAAAGACCAUGCAAGGCAGGCGCUUCAAUUUUUCUUAAAUAACCUAUUUUUUAUGUUUUUCAUGGGUUCAAAACAAAGUUGAUUAUUUCUCGGUUAGAGCAGGAUGAAUAUUGUUCUUUAAUGGAGGAAAUAAUAUUGCUUUUUGCAAAUACACAUCACAGUAUCAAAGAUAUUAUUUUGUUACGUUUUGUUCCAAAAAUGUUGGAUGUCUCUGGGGAGUUGCUUGUUAUGUCUUUACUUAUGGAGUUGUAUGGUUUGAUUGUGUUUCAUUCUCAGUUUAUUCUGAACUUGCCAAGAUUAAGAAAGGCAAAAGAGUUUGGGUGUUCUUAACAAGAUUUCAGAACGUUGCAGAAGUUAGAAAAUUCAUUCAAUGUGAAGUUAGAAAAUUCACAAUUCCAUUGUGACAGCGUGCCCUAAUUCAGAACUACGAACGAUCCAUGACGAUCUUCGCGAUGCAGUGGUCUCAUGAAAUAAGGAAACGUAUUCGUGCUAGGAACACACGCGGAUUUCGGACGAAUAAAUCUUGCUUGUGUUUUGUAGAUAAUAAUACUUUGUUUCAUAAUAAACAAUUUGUCAAGUGUCAUUUAUUUACAGGUAAUAGUGCAUGUUUCAGUUGGGUAAAUCUUGAUUAAUAUUUGAUACGCUGUUUUUGGCAUAUUUCAGACACAUCCAGAAAUAUGCUCCCGAUUUUAAACAUUAAUAUCUCCGUGAAUUUUUAAGUGAAAUACAACUGUAAUAUAUCAAAAUCUAAGUUAGUCCUUCCUCUAUUUGAUGCAAGUUAUUUCUCUUUAAAAGCUUUACUUGUUUAGAAGUUAUUUCGAAUCAAACCGGAGUACUUUUUUUUGGGACACCCGGUAGACUUAUGAUAUACAUGCAUAUAUAAUAUAGAGUAUCUUAUAAAUAAUAUAGAGUAUCUUAUAAAACAAUAGCAAUUAAUUGUAUCAAAUUUACUACGGACUACACAGUAUCUAUUCUAUAGGUAGGAAUUUUCAGGUGUUCUUUCACUUCUGUGGUUUAGAUAUUUUUUACUUACUGCAAGUUCAGGUUACCGUUUUUUUUUAUGCUUACCGCAUGAUUUAUACCAAAGUGCACCAAGGACCUGUGGUUGCAUUUUCCGCAGCUGUUCCUGAUUAGGGCUAAUAAAUGUUAUGUAAACUUCCACUCGAUAAUUUUCAUCUGCACAAAACCCUUCAACUAUCUUUCAAAAAGAACCUAAUAUGUUCAUGUUUGCUUUGUCGGUAGUUUUCUUAUUCAUGUUUUUGGAAAAGAACUUGGAGUUUCGAGCCUGAAAUAAAAUUUGCUAAAGUAGUAGGCGUACGCCACUCAUUGUCAAUUGUCGGUCUUACGCCUCAUGGGAUAUUUAGUAGUUAAAGAUCAUAUCCGGAAGUCGAAAUACCUCAGCUUGGUUAUGAUGAAACGCUUAUUUAAUUAAUAUAUCUUGAAAGGUUUUAUUAAGUCUAUGUUAUUAAAACUAUAGGUUUAUUUGAAAGUAACAGGUGCCGCUUGUUUCAAAAAGAACCUUAGCAAUAAAAUAACAAAUCAAAUGUCGCGAUUUUCUGUUGUUGCGUUGUGAUUUGAAUAUUCAAUCAGGUAUUUUGAAUUGGAUUGGAGUACUGCCAAUCAUUAUCAUUGGCAAUACUUAAAAUCGGCCCAAUAAAUCGCAGCAUGCGUGUAAACGUACAUACAUACAGUCUAUGCAGUUUAGCAGUUACUGUAUAUAUGAAAAGGCCGUGGACGAACUACAUGCAUGGUAAACGAAGGUUUGGUUAGAAGGAAUUGUUUAUUGAUUGACUGAUUCAUUGACCUUUCAACAUUAAAACAUCAAUGCAUGAUGUUCUUCAAUCUUCAUGGUUGCUUUGUCCGUGAUUUUCUUGUCAGAAAUGCCUAUUUUUAUUAAAGGCUGAUUUUCAUUAGUCGGCGAUACUCGCCGGUGCUGACUGUCGCAAGAAAUAAAAAAAUUGUUUUGUUUCGACAGUCGCCGAUACUUUGCGAUAACAAAACAAAUGAAAACACUAUUCGCGAAUGAAUAGCAAUUUUCCGUUUCGUAAACCGGCAGUAACAAUCCUUGUCAUGAUUGGGAUGUGACGCACACCGAAAGUGGUGACACUGAUUGUUACUGGUGACCCUGGCGGUUUACGAAACGGAAAAUUGCGUCAGCGAUACUAAUGAUACCAGCCUUAAAAGAGCAAUUAUUAUUAACUGCCAUUGUGCAGCUAGGAGCACAAUAUGUCAUGUUUAUAAUAUAAAACAUGGAGUUUUGCGCUGCAAAUAAUAUUCGCUAAAGAGUAAAGUAUAGCUAUAGCCUAUAUAUACGCCUGCCCACUCAUUGAUUAUGUUUAUUAGAAAAUUCAGGGUUGUCAAAAUACGGUACCUCAAUUUGAUUAUAAUAAAACGCUUAUUUAUAUAUCUUUUAAUUUCCAACUUGGAAUAUGUCAAGUUUUAAUAAGUACAUGCUAUUAAAACGUCGUUUGAUUGAAGGUAUAGCAGGUGCAGCUAGAUUAUUAAAUGUUGAAGUAUAAUAUAUAAAUUUAAGACCAAUCUUUCUAACGUUAUAAACAACUUGCCAAUCCAAAGGAAAAAACAUGAGUGAUAAUUAUAGAUUAUUGAACGGAAUAGUGUUCUGUAUCGUCAACUUGGUCUUUCUGUUUGCUGGAACAUUUUUCAACGCAGUGGUAGUACUCAGUAUAUGGAAAUCUUCUCAACUUCGAAAGAAAUUAUGUUAUUUCAUGAUAUUUCUUUUGUCCUGUUACGAUCUUGUGGUGGUAUUUGUGCUUCAUUCCUUGACGAUAUUCUGGUAUAUUUCGUGGCUUUUCGAAGAUCGUGGUGUAUACUCUCAACAAUUUUAUCUGUUUUCCUACAUUGGUAACACCGUUUUUGCGUGUUCUCUAUUUGGACUUUUGACAAUGACGUUCGAGCGAUAUUUGGGCUUGGCUUAUCCACUAUUUCACAAAACAUCCGUCACAAAGAGGAAGCUUGCUACUUUUCUUAUAGCGACUCAAACGUUCAUAGUGAUUUUCCAAACAGUCUGGUUCCGCUUGAAGAUUUGCAAUGGCAACCAACCGGCUUACAGAGUCGCGUUCGUUUCUGUCUUUCUGAUUUUAAUUAUGAUUUUGAACUGCAAGAUGUUUUACAUUGCUAAAUCAAGAUACAAAUCUACCUCGUCAAAUGGCAGAAGAGGAAUUUUUGGGUACAAGAAAUAUUAUACAUGUCUAUUGGCAGUCUUUUGUUUUUUUAUAUGUUGCUGUCCAACUAUAAUUUAUUACGGACUGACUUUAUCAAACAUAUUGGAUGUAAGAUCAAAAAUUGCAAUGUGUGUUUUCUUUUGGGCGUCAACUGUAAUUACUAUGAACUCGACUAUAAAUGCACUCAUCUUUUUCUGGAUAAAUAACGUUUUAAGAAGUGAAGGAAUGAAAUUGUUGAAAAGUUGUGGCGUUUUAAAAUAUUGUUGGAAUAAAUCGCAGAUGGACGACAACGAUGGAUGAUAAGUCAUUCUAAAACUAUAUCCUUCAAGAAACUAAAUCUAUAUUUCCUCUCUCUUGCUGGCGCAGAUUUCCCAAUAGAAUUUGGAGUAGGAGGCAUUUUCAACGAAGUAUACGCGGCUUUGUGGUGCCGGUACCAGUCUCUCUUUGAAGAUUCUGAAAUUUAAAUCCUCUGAUAUGGCAUUUCCAGUCAUUUUGGCGACUCAUUCCAAAUAUUUAACAAAGACAUUUGUGUAAAGUUUAUAUUAAAAAAGCAAGAAACCUUGCCCUUAACAUUUCUGCGGCAAGAAGGAAAUAUUUUGGUUUGUAAUUUUCGAGAAAUAACCAUCACCCAUGGUUGGACGGUGAAAAUCGCCUGGUGCUGGCUUAUUGGAAACCCUGCUGACGUAUGAUCAAAUAUAUCUUCUUCUCUUGCGAAUCUGGAUAUUAAACAGUUUAUGGAAACAACUAUCCACCAUUCAACCUGUAUGCACCUUUAGUUGACUCUGGUACUUGCUUGAGCUUACAACAACUCUUCAAGCAAACCUUAACGCGAGAGCGCAGACAGAUCUUGUAAUCAUGGACUUUUCAAAGGCCUUCGACAAGGUCUUCCAUAACAAGCUCCUAGCAAAACUGGACUUCUACGUGUACGAAGUGAUAUUUUGCAUUGGAUAUCGUGCUUCCUUGAUAGUCGUCAGCAGUACGUUGUAGUCGAUGGAGAACAGUCCCCAUACCUCCCAGUCCUCUCUGGUGUUCCUCAAGGCUCCGUUAUCGGCCCAAUCUUGUUCCUUGUGUACAUGAACGAUCUCCCGGAAUACGUUCAAUCCAAUGUACAUCUCUUUGCUGACGACACAAUUAUGUAUCUGGCAAUUCACUCAGAAGAUCUGUGCGCUCAACUACAAUCAGACCUAGACAACUUACAAUCAUGGGAGAAAGAUUGGAGUUUAACUCAGACAAAUGUGAAGUCCUACCAGUAA